ACUCAAAUUUGUAUUUUGAACUUGUCAAAGAUCAUUAUAGGCUACCAUAGUUCUAUGAUGAGCAUCGAGAUACCUGUUGGUUUGAAGGACAUGCUGCAAGGAUACACUGUGGAGGUACUACGGCGCAGACCGACAGAUUUGGUUGAAUUCGCAAUUCAAUAUUUCACGCGUCUUCAAGAGAGCCGAAAACACGACAAACAUGCUAAAGACAGCCCGGUCAAUUCUGCUCGAAAGGGGGUGGCUUUUGAUAGUAAUUCGUUUGAAUCAGAUGAAGAUGAGGACUCUGAUGACUAUAUGCCACCUCCCACCCCAAAUAAAUACAGUCGCAGAGUAUCUGUGUGUGCGGAGGCCUACAACCCAGACGAUGAUGAGGAUGAUGACUUUGAGCCAAGGGUGGUACACCCCAAAUCAGAUGAGCAGCGUCGCAGACUCCAGGACGCCUGCCGAGAUAUAUUACUGUUUAAAACCCUCGACCAGGAGCAGUUCUCAGAGGUGCUGGAUGGCAUGUUUGAGGUGUUGGUCAAACCACAGGAGCACAUUAUAGACCAGGGGGAUGACGGAGACAACUUCUAUGUCAUAGAGAGGGGUGUGUAUGAUAUUAUUGUGCUGAUUGACGGAGUUGGGAAAUGUGUGGGGAAGUAUGACAACAAGGGCAGUUUUGGGGAGCUGGCGCUCAUGUACAACACCCCACGUGCUGCCACCAUCAUGGCCAACCAGGAGGGGGCACUGUGGGGACUGGAUCGGGCCACAUUUCAUAGACUCAUAGUGAAAAACAAUGCCAAGAAGAGGAAGAUGUACGAAGCCUUCAUUGAGUGUGUACCCCUUCUAAAGUCUCUCGAGCUCUCUGAGAGGAUGAAGAUUGUUGAUGUCGUGGGAAUGAGAGUGUUCAGAGACGGGGAGUGCAUCUUAACACAGGGGGAUAAGGCAGAUUGCUUCUAUAUUGUGGAGUCUGGGGAGGUGAAGAUCAUGAUAAUAAGCAAAACUAAGGCAGGGCAGCAGGGUAAUGCAGAGGUGGAGAUUGCACGCUGCUCUAGGGGCCAAUACUUUGGAGAGCUGGCUCUGGUCGCCAACAAACCACGUGCAGCCUCCGUCUACGCCAUGGGAGUUACCAAGUGCUUGGUAAUAGACAUUCAGGCAUUUGAGCGUUUGCUGGGUUCCUGUAAGGAGAUUAUGAAGAGGAACAUUUCCCAAUAUGAGAACCAGCUGGUAGCUCUGUUUGGUUCUAGUGUAGAUUUGAAACAUUAAUGUAUAAUUGUCUUUGUAAGAAAUGCCACACACGAACACAAUCCCACACGAGUACUUCCUGAACACAAACAGGUGGAUACACACUCUUUAGUAGUACUAAAUUAUACACAAAAAACAUAUUGGGUGACAUUUAAUUGUAGAAUCUACAAUUGACAUCCAUGUUACUACGUGUAUGACUGACAAUUUUAAUAUUUAGCUACUAGUAUUUUCCUUUUUACCAUUAUUGUGAUAGUAUCCAUGUUGGUAAAUUGUUAAUGUAUAAUUCUAGCCCAAUAAAGCUUCCUCAAGUGCUGUUUUAAACUGAAUUAAGGUCAAUGACCAAUCAAAUAUUAACAUGUACUUUGCUUUAAUAUGUCAAGACUUGUUUCACCUGCAGUGUGAGACUUCAUAAAUGUAAUCCCUGUUGAAAACCUAAAUUGUCAUUGCAUGAAUGGAAGCAGCUAAUUUGCAAUUUGUUUUUUUUUGCAAUGACAUUUUUCAUUAAAAUAAAGCUUGAUGUGCUGUG